GGAUGGGCCCACAGCUGCGGGUGCUCUCUGGAUUGGCACAUUGGCCCGCGGUCGGGCUCGUGACUGCUACCAAGACAGCCGGCUCUACUCCUUGCUUGGAAUUGAGGUACGAAAAUCAUGUUUGUCUCACUCUCGUGCAUUUGUUCUCAUUGUUCUGCUCAAGUACUAUAUCUCAAGAUAUGUUAAAUGGGUUAACAAUUUUAUGUAUUGAAAAUAAGGUAUUUGAAAUACUUGAUCUUGAAGAUGUUAUUGAUAAUUUUGUUUCUCAAAGUGUUAGAAAAUCUAAAUUAUUUCAAUAAUUAUUUGAGUAUUAUUUGAUACUUUAUUAUGUUUUAUAGUUAAUAUUAAAGUUGUGUGACUUUUCACCUAAUGCCCUCGUAAUGUCAGGAACGACCCUGCUCCAACGUCGUUUAAUAUAUUUGUUCAUAUAUAUGGUACCCAACCCACUUCAUAUGAGACUAAUUGUUGUGAAAUUAUAAAUGACAGGAAUUCUAAAACACAUUGCCAGCAUCUUAGGUUAAUAACUUAAACAUCUCGUAUUAUAUCGUGCAAGUGCAUAUACCUCGUCUCGUCGAUCUAUUCAUGAAAUUGGGUGAAUUAAUGUAGUUUAGCAGCUUUAAAACCCUGUUAGUCUCAAACCUUAAUUUGUGUAUUAAUCUAUUUCUCAUGGAGAGAGACCAACCCCUAACCCCCGGCGGGCGGCUCUUCCUGCAGCCGCAACUGGACCAAGUCAUCAACGCCGCCAUCGCCGUCGAGCUCCCUCUCGAUGUCGAUGCCUUCAGAGCCGAACUCAAAAGCUCGGUCAUACCCAAACACCCCAGGUUUUGCAGCCUCCUCGUGCGAGACGCACGCGGCCGCGAGCACUGGCGGAGAACCGCCGUGGACAUCGACCGCCACCUAAUUAUCCACCACCAACCGCUCUCCGACGACCCCUCCCUCUCCGACGAAGACUCGGUGAACGAUUUCAUCGCCGGUCUGUCGGUUACGUCGCCCCUCCCCACCGAUAAACCCCUGUGGGAAGUCCACCUGCUCAUGGCGCAUAGAACCAUGCUGUUUCGUUUCCACCACGCGCUUGGCGACGGCAUCUCCUUGAUGUCGAUGACGCUCUCGUGCUGCAGAAGGGCAGAUGACCCCACGCAGCUGCCCACUAUCGCCGGCGUCGGCGCCGCCGCCACCACCAGGAGAAGCUGGAGCCUCUGGACGCUGCUCAUGGUUGUUUGGUACACUUUGGUAUCCGUUUUCCAGUUGACGCUCAGACUUCUGUGGCUUAAGGACAAGGCCACCGCCGUGAGCGGCGGCGCCGGGGUGGAGCUCUGGCCGCGGAAGAUUGCCACUGCGAGGUUCCGGCUCCAAGACAUGAAGACAGUCAAGCAAGCGGUUGCUAACGCGACCAUCAAUGAUGUUCUCUUUGGGCUAAUAUCGUGUGGGCUGUCACGUUACUUGGACAUCACCGAAUCACCUAACGCUUUGCGUGAGGGUCAACAGAUCACAGGCGUUGCCAUGGUGAAUUUGAGAUCCCAAUCUGGAUUGCAGGAUUUAUCGAAGCUGAUGGAUAGUGAAUCUGGAUCGCGUUGGGGCAACAAGUUUGGGAUGCUAAUGUUACCUAUUUAUUACCAUAGAGAGAGUUCGGAUCCAAUGCAGUUCUUGAAGAGAGCCAAGCUUAUGAUUGACAAGAAAAAGAUGUCCUUCGAAGCCCCCCUUUCCUACAACAUUUCCUACUUACUCAUGUCUCUUUUCGGACCAAGAAUUGCUUGCCUUCUCAAUUACCCGAUCCUUUGCAAUACAAGUUUCACUAUAUCAAACGUGGUUGGGCCUAAGGAGGAGAUAAUGGCUGCAGGCAACCCCGUCAAGUACAUGAGGGUCACUUCCAGCAGCCUACCACAUGCGAUCACAAUGCACAUGGUGAGUUAUGCUGGAGUUGCUGACUUGCAAAUUAUGGUUGCCAAAGACAUAAUUCCAGAACCUAAAGUUCUAGCAAAGUGUUUCCAAGAUGCAUUACUCCAAAUGAAGGAAGCUGUUGAUCAGGCUGCACCUCAUCUCCAACCAAUUGUUUAAUUACUAUUAAUACUCAUAUACUUCAUCAACUAACUUUAUACCGAUAUAUUAAUUGGCAUUGACUCUGUAUACCAAUAUAUUUAUGAACUUGCAAUGCAAAUCUGUACGAGCUUUUAUUACUA